GCUCUGCGCUCGCGUACAGGGCCUUCUCCCGGGGACUCGCAGCGCGCCCCAGGCCCCGCAGCCGAGCGCCGAGCUGCCGAUCAGUCAUUCUCGCAGCCCUCGCUCGGGUCGCUCGUGGCUCCUGCCGCCAUUGUAACCCAUACCCCGCUAUGGAGCAUGUCUUUACCCCGCUGGAGCCCCUGCUACCCACGGGAGACUUGAAAUUCUGCCUUGUGAUUCUUAAUCAGCCUUUGGAUCCACAUUUUCGGCAUCUUUGGAGAAAAGCUCUCUUAAGAGCCUGUGCUGAUGGAGGUGCCAAUCACUUAUAUGACCUCACUGAAGGAGAAAGAGAAAGCUUUUUGCCUGAAUUCAUCAGUGGGGACUUUGAUUCUAUUAGGCCUGAAGUCAAAGAGUACUACACCAAGAAGGGCUGUGAUCUUAUUUCCACUCCUGACCAAGACCACACUGACUUUACCAAGUGUCUUCAAGUGCUCCAAAGGAAGAUAGAAGAAAAAGAGCUGCAGGUUGACGUGAUCGUGACCCUGGGAGGUCUCAGUGGGCGUUUUGACCAGAUCAUGGCAUCUGUGAAUACUCUUUUCCAAGCCACUGACAUCAUUCCUGUGCCAAUUAUAAUAAUCCAAAAGGAAUCUCUCAUCUACCUCCUCCAACCAGGAAAGCACAGGCUCCAUGUAGACACUGGAAUGGAAGGCAGCUGGUGUGGCCUUAUUCCUGUUGGACAGCCUUGCAACCAUGUGACGACAACAGGCCUGAAAUGGAACCUCAGUCACCUGAGAGGAACAUAAUGAAAUAUGACGAAGAUCUCAGAGGGUUGAGAAACUGACUUGUGUGUGCUGCGGCUGUCCUGCUG